AUGACGACUGUACCGAACGGCUCGCGGUCACGGGCCGCCGCCGUCGCCACUGCCUGUUUGCUGGUCGCGGCCGUUUUGUCGGGGCGGCCGCGGCCGGCCGACGGCGCCCGCGUGUUGGCCGUCGAGACCGUGUUCGCCAGGAGCCACUGGAACUUUAUGCGCGGCGUACUACACGCGCUGGUCGACGCUGGACACCAGGUGAAGGCGUACACGCCGUUCCCCGGCCGAAAUUCGACCGCGGCCAACUAUACAGAGGUGGACACGUACGCGGACUACGGCGACGUGUUGGCCGCCGUUAACAUGAACGCCACCGAGGUGGGCCCGCUGUUCUCGACGCCGUCGUUUCUGAUACCGUUCAUGGUAAAUGGUAGCCGUUUUACGUGUGACGUCCUGGACAAGUUGGUGCCAGACGCGGACGGCGGCGAAACGUUCGAUCUGUUCAUCACGGAGCCGCUGAGCAGCGAGUGCGUAUCGCACGUGUCGCGCCGGCUCGGGGUGCCGCUCGUCUACACAAUUCCCGCUCCGUUGUUGCCGUGGAUCGAGAUCAGUUUGUUUGGCCACUACCCCAACCCGUCGUACGUGCCACACAUGUUGUCCGCGUACACGUCCCCCAACACGUUUUUCCGGCGGGCGCACAACUUGGCCCUGUAUCUGCAAACGGUUUACCUGCAUUACCGGGCCACGAUCGCUGCGGUGGCCGCCGAAAACCGUACGUACGAUCGUAUGCCGCCAGUCAACCCGUCCCUGGUGUUUGUCAACACGCACUACGCCACGGAGCUCGCCAGACCGGUACCCGCGAACCGAGUGAACGUGGGCGGCAUUCAUCUGAAAAAGCCCGAACCGCUGCCGGCCGUAAGUACCACGUCGUCCAUUCCCACCACGAUACAAUCGCGAUAAAACCGCCCAAACGUAUUUCAUAAUAUUUAAGUUGGGCGCUUGAGAAACAAAAAGAAAUGCCGGCUGUACAUGUGCAACCGAAUCAAACGACUCGUAUAUAUGCUUUGUAUGCAGAUCAGCAAAUAAAGAAUAUUUUCUCGCGUAUUAAUAUUUUUUUUUUUAUACUCGACGUUUAUGAUUUUCGUCGAAACACCGGAUAAAUAUUCCGAUUUCAAUUCCAUAAACAUGUUAUUUGAAAAUUAAAAGUGGGCAAAGUGUGUUUCACCCUAAAAAAAUAACGGUCACAUUUUAGAGCUGUUUUAAUUUUAUAAAUUUAAAAAAAAAAAAAAAAUCCGAAAAGUGUCUUAUUUCGGAUUGAUCAGGGUGAUCCUGUAGGAUGGAUAAAAUGGAUUAUACUUAAUAGAGUUCACGUUUCGAAUAUCCCGGUAAUUUUCGCAUGUUCCACCGAAAAUCAUUUUUAAGUACUGUACGACUUACGUAGUAUAAGAUUUUUUUUUAACAAAAUCAGUUUUUUUAUAACGUUCGUCGACAAAAUAUACGUAGUAUAAACUUUAUAAAGCCAUACAGUUACUUUGGAAAAAUCCGAGAGAAAAUUAUAAGUAAAACGGCAAAUAUUUACAGCGCGCCGCGGCGUUACCGAUUCCAUUAUUUUAAAUUUAUAUACACGAUAUUUUUUACCAGAAUUAUUGCUCCAAUCAAAAAAUGACAAGAGAUCGAUUUUGUUCCUUUUGGCAUAUAGCCAUUAACGAGGAAGUCGCUUCGUGAUAUCUAAAGUAUUUUUUAUAAUAAUUUAGUAAAACCAAAAAGACGAAAAAUACGAUUUUUUUUUCAAAUUACUGCGCGACGAUUUCAUUAUUUAAAAUUUAUAUGACUUAUGUUUUCUACUAUAAAUAUUGCUCCGAUAGACCAAUGACAAGAGACUUUUUUUGUUGAAUUCUUAAUUUGGUUGGUAAGCUAGAACGUCGUUUUUUGAUUUUCCGUGGUUUUUUUUUUAAAUUGAGAUAACAUUUAGAACGAACGGGACUAUUUACGAAAAUAAUUCUUUUAUUAUUUAACAUUGUGAUUCAGUUAAAAAUAUUCGUAGGAAUUUGAAAUUUAAUCAGAAAACGUAUAUUUACAUACAUUUAUUUAUGUUUCAUUAUAAAUGUAUGUUCAUUGUUUAUCGUUUGAUAAGCAUAAUAUUUUUAUGUUCUAAAUUUUUACGAAAUUAUAUUAUUUUCUUACUACAAAAAUAUGUUAUCUCGAAUAGAAUAACCGAAAAUUGUAUUGUAAAGUAAUAAAUAUACUAAUGUGGUCACGUGUAUAUGUUUUCGCUCUGUAUAGCCUGUAUACAACAUCGUGAACUAUUUGUAGUCGCUGUUUUACAUUUAGAAAUGUAUUGUUGUUUAUCGUUUACUAUUAACUAAAUAGUUAUAGUUAAAUAGACAAUAGUUAUCCGCUUUUACUUAAUGCUAUCGCACAGUGUACACGUUACAGCAGUAGUUGUAAUUGUAAAAUGUACAAUGUGUUAUACUUAGCUAUCAUACUAUAUAGGGGUAUACUUAUCCCUUAAAUUAGGUUCGGCAUCACUGAAAAUGACUGAUAUGUCCUUAAAUCUAACCAAACCUACCAAAAACCAACACAUUCCUUGUUCCACGUGGAAUCAAAAAUAAAAUAAAUAUACUAUACUCGAAAUAUUUUUUUUAGACUUAGAUACAAUACAACAUUAACUAGUAUUCUAGUGUUCAUAGUAUACUUUCAAAUAUAUAUAUAUAUAUAUAUAUAUAUGUAUAUGUAUAAUAGGGUGGUCCUUAUUUUUCGCUUGUGAUUUUUUUAAGUUAUCCCCCCCUAAAAAGGUUCGAUUACUAAAAAAAACGCUAUAAAAAAAUUUCAGGCAAAUUCAUUGAUAUUAACCCGUGCCACAAAAGCUCUAAAUUUACAAAAAUAGAAAAUUUUCAAUAUUAUCAAUUUUUUAAAUUUUUUUUUAAUAUAACUCCAGGAAAAAAAUACUUACAAAAAAUUUGUAAAAAUAUAAAUGAUAGAACACUACAUUUUCUACAAUUUGUUUCAUACAUAAUAUUUUGCAAAUAUAUUAUUUUUUCAAAUAUUUUAAUUACAAGGUAAAAACAAGAAUAAUCUUAAACAUUUUAAUAUUUAAGGCAACUUAAAAUACAACUAAUAAUUAUUUAUAAUAACAGUUUACAAUUAUAAUAACAUUGUUACCUAAUUAUUUUAUUUGUAAUAUAUUUUAAUUAUAAAUGAUAAAACCAAAUUAUUGUGAUAGUGCAGUAAGUGUUUCUUUUUUGUGGUCAGGAUAUUUUUUGCGGUAAUCACUAACAACUUGUAGAAGGUAUUGUUUUUGGUAAUUUUGUCAUUAUAGUCCUUUAUAAGUUUUACUCCUCUUUCUGCUACAUCGUUUAUUACUGGAAUAUUUUUUUAUAACUAACAAAGCUUNAUAGUUAAACGUUGUGCAUUUGAAAUUAAUUCUGAUGAAAUUCCGUCGUUGUUUAGAGCAUGACCUAUUUUUCUUUUUAUUUCCAGUGGCACAGCUUCAUAGAAAAAAGCAAAAGCACAUAAUUCUGCAGAUAAAUACAAUAAGUGACCACAAAACUUUUUAACUGCAAUCUGAGAUAUAUCUUUGUCUAUAGAGGUAUAAUGUAAAAGACUUUUUAUAAAAUUCAAGUCUUGUAAUGGUGCUUUGAUUGAAGAUGGUGAGUUGAACCAUACUUUUAUGUAUAAUCGUACAAUAAAAACGCAAAUACUUCUCAAAGCACUUUCUUCUUUUGGUGUUAAAUGAAAUUGUUCGCGAAAUAAAUAUAUUUUCAAGCUAUAAAUAGCUUUGGCCAUCCACCGCGCGUGAUGAAUGGCACCUGGCAUUUUAAAUCGAAUAUUAUUAGGAAGUUUUCCACCCAGAAAAAUUACUGUUAAUUCUAGUAACUCUCGGUAAUCAUCUCUUGGGUGAUUUUCUAAAAGUAUAAAUUCCUCACUAUCUACAUCGUCACAUUCGUCAGAACUACUCGACGACUGUAGUUCUACAGUUUUAUCUGAAAUUAAUUUUAUAUUAUUACACAUUUAUUGAAAUCAAAAUUAAUAUCAUAGACUAAAAACGUACACAAAGCUUCAAGUUCAUCACGGGCACGAUUUUUUCUUUUAUUUGUCGCUUGUUUGCUAUCGUCUAUGAUUUUUUCUUUUUUUAUCAUUUUUUGAUCAAUACCACGCAAUGACCCAGGUCGACCUUUCUGUUUCUGGGCUAUUAAAAAUGCUUUGACAUUCUCAAUAGACAGUAAAUCUAAUGAAUUUGCACUCGCUACGUCGAAUAAAUCAUCUAACUUUGAUAGAAACUGCGUAUUUUUUUCCAUUUGCACUUUUUCUAUAUUCUAAUUUUUGUAAAUUUCUCCACUCUUUGUAUAAACCUUCCAGCUUGUUCACACACUUUUGUUCUGUUCUCGUUGGUAUGCGUGCCUUCCGCCAAAAAAUGAUUGCUUCUUGUAUCACUAAUGUAGCACUUUGNUGUUUGAUGGUAAUUUACUACCAACAAUUUGAUUUGUACUAUAUCCAAUUAAAAAAAUAUAUUUCGACUCACAUAAACUAUCCCUGGUAACCAUUGUAAAUCACUCAAAUAAAAUGUAUGACGUACAAAAUUUGAAAAUUUAAUACUCAACAAUUUUAGUGUGACACUGGUUGUUGUAGUAAGUCAAAUGAGAAAUUAAUCAAUAAAUUGGAAAAUGACUACAAUGACAUAAUAAAUUCGAUAACAUAUAAGUAUAGAUUGUAAUAAUGUGUGAUGUAGAGAAUAAAGAAUGUAGGUAAUAUAUUAUUUGAUUGUCUGAGUCAUAAAAAUAAUCUUUAGAUAAUAAUCGAAAAAUAUAGGUACUGGGUAAAGUGCAUAUUAUUUAUUCGUGCAAUCGACCGAUAGCCGAUAAUGAUUAUGAUUUUUUAUUUUUGACCUUUUAGUUCAAAUAUUUAAAAAAGCUUUAAAUUUAUAAUAUAAACUAUUGUAAAUUUAGUUUUCUUUAAUUUAUCAUCUAAAGAAUUUAUCGUGAGAUUCUUUUCUCUAGAGUUAUGUUGGUUUUAUAACAAAAACUUAACGAUUUUGAAAAAUGUUUUAUAUUUGUAACUUCAGAGCUGUUGUGGCACGAGUUAAAUUUAUUUGAUUUGUCUAAAACUUUAUUUUUAUCAUUAUUUUUAGUAAUGGAACUUAUUGGGGGAGGUGUAAUUUGAAAAAUUUGGUUAUUAUUUUUUUCAUACAUAAUAGAGGACCACUCUAUACAUUGUAUAAACGAAAUAUUAAAAAAAAAAACCGGUGAGUAAAUUCUCAGGCAAUUGUUUCGUCUUGUUCACCUUGUUCGCAUUACAUACCUAUGACAGGCAGUUUUUCUCUGCACACACCUCACUGCACGCUAUAUCUGUAAUGAAGUAAUAACUAUUGGUGGACGUAAAUAAAAUUAUUAGUUACCGUUGGCCUUGCUGUUGAUAUAGAAAUAAACAAAUUUAAACUAUUUAAUUGGUAACUAUAAAAUAAAUAAUAAAUAUGCAAUUGUUAACAAUACAGAAUGGGCUCUUUCUUGAAAUCCGAACGACUAAAAUUUGAAUUAAUCGAUAAUUUAAACCGUCCCACGAAUUUAUACCGUUGUACUGUUUUGCGAAAAUGAGAUUGAGUCAAAUGGGUCACAAUACAGAGACAAAAUGAUUAUAUUUUCUUUUGAAAUUUCGAAGAGAUUUUUUUUCCAUUAAAAAUAUUGACAUUUAUAUACUUGUUCAAUACACGUCCAAUACAGUUGACAUUCGAAAAAAAAAGAAUGGCGUGUAAAAAAUAAAAAUAUCAUAAUUUAUAUUUAAUUUGUGAUACGCGUCAUUACAAUUCUCGUCGAUAAUGAUCAGCACAAUAUUAUACGAAAGUAUUGAUUCGAUAAUUAACCAAGUGAUUGUAGAAAUAAUGAACAUAUAAUUUUCUCGGGAUGGAUGGGUAUCAGGGGAGCACUGCGUGCAGCAUAAUGUAAUAAUGAAUGAAUAAGACCAGAACGACUUGCAAAAAAAAAAAAAAAAAACAACAACAAAAAUGCAAACAAUUAAAACUUUGUACUCGCGAGUAUUAAAAAAAAUGAAUAGAACAUCAGAAUAAAUGGUCAAGUACAGUUCACUUGUGAGUGGUGUGACAUAGGUAAUAUUAUGUGAAACCACUAGUUCUCGAGAUAAAUCGGUCCUGUGGGUUCAAAAUUAAAUUUAAAAUUAAAAUUUUUCAAUUUUGUACACGAAAUGUUCAUAUACAAUAUUAAUAAUAAGAACGAUUUAAAAUUUCAUUGAAUUUUCGAUAUAAUACAUUUGAAAUCAUCGGGUUCGCUAAUUAGUAGUUAUUGGACAGUAUAUUUUUAUUUUUUUUAUUUCGAAACCGUAAAUAAUUACCGCUUAGUCAAAUCGUGCAGCAUGGGACAAUAUGUUGCUGUACGCAAACGAGAAAAACAAUUAUCCAAAUGUUGUUGAAACUAAUAUUAUAACAGAAACGUUUCGCUUGCGACGCGUCGAACAUUCGUAAUAAGGUAAUCGCGACAAAAACGAUACAGUAAGUGAGUAAACGAUACACAUUAACCCGGAUUUUACGAGGCUAAUCACAUCCAUCGCCCGAGGUGCAUGGAAAUUCGACUCGACGAGAAUUAACGAGAUUUAAUGAUGUGUUUACGUGUCUUGUUUAAUCGGAAUACUCGUUGAUUAACAGAAAUAUUAUGUAUUAUUUAAUAAUAUGUGUUUGUCAAAAAUCAUAUAAUAUUUUACUAAUAGAUUUUAUACACGCACUAAUCAGGUGUCUAUAAAAUUUUCAAAGUUUGAUUUACAGAUUUUGUGAUCUUUGAAAAAAUAUGAAAACGAUAAAUAAUUACGAUUAUUGAUUUUAGAUUCUGAGGGUAAACAGAAUUUAUUGUAUUGUACUGUGGCGAUUCUGCUAUUUACCAUUUUUUUUUUUUGUAGCAAGUUUUUUCUAGUUGAUAUACCAUUAAGGAGGUGGUAAUUUAUAAUCGGGGGAAAUUGGGGAAAAAGUUGGAAAAACUGGACAAUUUAUAAAAAACUUAAUAGUGAGCACAACGAUAUAUGAGUUCUCUCAAAAUUGGUUAUCACUCACCUAGAUCUUACGAUUUUCCGCACACCUAAUUAGUACCGUUGUGUCGUACUAUAUAUAAUUUGAAAUAUAUGAAAGUGAUCAGGUGAUGUUACACCUAUUCGCUUAGAGUGGAAAUGAAAAGUCCGCGUCAACGUUUAACUAGGUAUAUUGUUUGGAGUUUUAGGUCGCACGAUAAGAGCAUUUUGUUUUUAGCGGUUUACAGAUUUCGAAUUUUCUACCCCCGUGUCCAUUCCGAAUUUACUUCAAAAUCAUAUUGUAAAUAAACAGCAUUGUAAAACCAAAUUUAAUGGGAAUGCUGCAAAUGCACCACCAAAAAAGUUUUCAGGGGAUUCCGAAGCAGCCAGUUAGUUUUCCCGUUGUGUAUUUUCAAAUUAAAUUUAUAUAUUUCUCGAUAAAUAAAAAUCUGAUUAACAUCAGUAUACAUUUUAAAAUGUGAAAAUAGAAAGCCGUGACGUUUAAGUCUUCCAUCGAUCCUAUACAGCCACGCACGACACUGCAGUUUAUGUCUUGAGAACGCCAUGUAAAGUGUGAAGUGUUGUUGCUGCCAAAAGCCGUAGCGGACCAAUCAACGCGUUAUAGUGAGUUACAUGUCAGAAUUGAGUUGGACGAAUUUAAUUAAGUUAAAAGAAAUCUGUUUCCCUCUCGACAUUUGCUUUCCAAUUGUUUGAGGACUUCCCAGUCCUUAAGCACUGCAGAUUUAUGGACGUGCACGCGAUGCACGAGCACAGGUCCCCCAAAUUCUUAGGACCGCUUUCAACUUUAAAAAAAAAAAAACAAACACUGAUAGUUUACUUUAAAGUUUGAAGAUAUCUAUAAUUAGUACAAAUGUACGAUUAAGCAUUUAAUAAUCAAUAAUUAUGAAACAAAGUGUGAAAAUACUUUUAAUUAAAUUAAGUUAAAAUUUUUCAUUUUUUGAACUUAAACACUGUAUAUAGUAUAGUCUAUUUUAAAUAUAAUUAUUUUUUAUAAUUUUACUUUCUCACAACGGCAUUGGUAAAUUAAUUACUGCACUAUUAAAUAGGAAAAAUGUAUCGGAAAAAUAGUCUUUUCACUAAUGUAUGUAAAUAAUCAAUAGUCAAUUAAUUGGUACUUUUUUUUUUUUUUUGAAAUAUUAUGCUACGAUUUACCUUGACAAAUUAUUAACUUAAUUAAAUAAUAAUUAUAAAAUUAAUAUAUAGAUUGCGGCGUUCAACACGUAAAUGUAUUGAAAUAGCUAUCGUGGGAUUUUGCAGUUAUUAUGUUAUUAUUAUUAUUAUUAUUAUUUAUGAGGUUUUCGAAUACUCGCGAAUAAUUGCUUAAUUAUUAUUUUUUCUCUUUGUAGCUUUUUUAAUUCAUUCGUUGGUUAUUUUUUUCCUUAGUAAUAUUUUUGAAAUCGUGACACAUUUUUCUUUUUACGUUUAUCAAAAUGUAUUAAAUAUAAUAUGUCCGUUAUUUGUAAAUAAUAAAUAAUAAGUAAAAAUAUACCUUUGCUCGGGUAUUAAUUUAGCUAAAAGGUAGGAUGUAAUUUUAGUUAUGCACAAUACACCUAGUGCAGUUUGCAUGUAGUAUACACCCAACGGUGUAGUGAUCGUAAAUAAAGAUAGUGAAUGGUAUUAGUAAGUGGUCAAAGAUAUUAAAUGGACGAAAAUUAUUUGUUAUAUGUCUAUUAAUCAAUCACUAAUAUUUAAAUUAAUUGUCAAUAAUAUUUAUCCUGUUCACAUAAUAUUCCAAAAUAUUUAUUACGAAAUUUAAUCGAAAUGGCUUGUGAUAAUGUGUUAAAUCAUUUUUGCAGGACAUUUUGGAGUUCAUCGAGGGUUCGCCUCACGGAGUAAUUUACUUUACAUUUGGCACAGUCGUUGCACUAUCAACGUUACCGGACACAGUACAAAACGCGUUCAAAAGCGCAUUAGCCGAAAUCCCCCAAAGAGUGUUGUGGAAAUACGAAGAGGAAAUGAAGGACAUACCGAAAAAUGUGAUGACGGGCAAAUGGUUUCCCCAAAGGGACAUUCUCUGUAAGAUUUAGCAAAUACACCGUCAUCGAUUAUCGUCCAAGUAUUUUAAAUGAAUUAAAUGUCAACAUUUUCCCAUCACUUCUAUGUUUUUGCAUGCGUUUAAAAACAUAGGAAUUAAAAUUAUCAUCAUUGAACAAAAUUAAAUAUAUUAUAUUUUUCUGUUUGUAUUCGUUUAAUGAUAUUGAAUCUGUCGAUGGUUCUAGUAGGUAUAGCAGACGUGAUCUGAAUUCCGGAUUUUUGUGGCAAAUCAGUAUUAAAUUAUAAAAUUAAAAAAUUUAGUAUUAGACAUCUUCUCUUCACCUCAUUUCUCGUGACUGUAGGUUGGAACUUUAAACCGAAAUACAUAAUCAGUAAACAUUGUAACGCAAACCAACAUUUAAUACUGGAAUACUUAACACAGCCGCGAUUUCGACAAUGGCAUUUUAUUGCAUUGUUCGUAUAAAAUAAAAUGUCUGUUUGAAUCCAAAAUAAUGAGAUAUUACGUUCCUGCUUGAAAUCCACGCGUUAUCUCCCAAUGAAAUUUAUGCGUAAACGCUUUGCUGCCAUUGACUCAUUAUAUUAAAAUAUCACGGCGUCUCGUUUGUGUAUAGUGCAUCCGAAUGUAAAAUUAUUCAUCAGCCACGGAGGUAUAUCGGGUGUGUACGAGGCCGUGGACGCUGGCGUUCCGGUACUGGGAUUUCCGAUGUUCUUCGACCAGCCGAGAAAUAUCGAACAUUUGGUGGAUUCGGGUAUGGCGAUCUCGAUGGAUUUGUUUUCGGUAACCAAAGAUAAGCUUUUGAACGCCAUCAACGAAAUGGUCAACAACACAACGUGAGUAUACCUACGGUAUUUUCUACACAUUUAUUUUGGGCGGAACUGCGGUACGACCCGGCAUAUUACCUUUUAGCUACGGGAAUGCAUUUUGUAAAAACUAAUUAAAAACCAUGUGUUUAACAUUCAGGUACUCGAAAAAUGCCAAAAUUGUCUUAGAACGGUUUAGAGACCGACAGAUGUCACCGGCCGAAUCGGUUGUUUACUGGACGGAAUACGUUAUUCGUCAUAAAGGUGCGCCCCAUUUGAAAUCCAACGCACUCAAUUUGACGUGGUAUCAAUACUUUUUGCUAGACGUGAUCGCUGCGGUGUUGUUAUUAGUUUUAUUUAUUUCGUUUGUUACGUACAGAAUAUUAAAAUUCAUCAAAAUUUGUGUUUUGAAAUCAUUGACGAAAUUCAAAUCGAAACGCGAGUAACUCAGUUGUACGAAUUUUCCUGGGAUCUUAAUUUGCUUACAGUUAUAAUAUGGCAUAGUUACAAUAUUAAUUUUUAAAUAAUCUAUGUCAAAAUCGUAGGUUAUUAAAAAUAUCAGUGUAAUAUUAAAAAAAUUAACAUGAUUAAUUUGUAAAUAUACCAUAUAAUAUUAUGUACCUCUGCCUUUAUAACUCGACUAUCGUUGUAUAAUGAAUAGGCUGUCGUGUAUGCAUGGGUGCCUAGUAACAUUUCAGGCAGGAGCAGGGAAAAAUAAAACAAUUUCCCAUAAUAUAUGCUAAAUGAAGGUUUUAAUUUCAAUUCAUUAAAAUUAUUAAUUCAUGUUAUGUUUUCAGGAUGGGGCAAGUGCCCUGUCUUGGCUCCCCUCCAUAGGCGUCCAUGCGUGUACGUCAAUUACGAGGUUCCUAACUGAUUUGCUAUGAGUUAAUGAACUACCGUGUACAAUUUAUAUUUUAAUUAAUAAAAUAAUUACAGCAAUAAAUUCAAAUUAUGAAUUUCAUUUUUAUUCUUAAGGAAUUUUCAAUAUUAAAUUAUUAUUUUAUUUUUAUUCAGCAAGUACCUAUACGUUAUACCUAUCAUUUAGGUAUGAAAAAUGAUCGUGUCUUAUCAUCAUGUUAUGCCAGUAUAAUUACAUUAUGUUUAUUAUAAUAUAGUAAUUGAGUAUAACAAAAUUAUAUUAUCAUGUAUCAUAGACUACACUACUAUAGUUUGACGCAGGUAGACAGUGAAUUUUAAAAUAUCAAAUAUGUUAUGUUGUCGUAUAAGCUUUUAAGCUGAUAGAAAUAGUACCAAUUCUUCAACGAUUUAACGUAGUUUAUUUGCUACAGCCCCUCCCAUUAAAAAUUCCUGGGCACGCCACUGAGUGGAAUCUACAAUUUAACUAUUUUGUAUUAAUUUUUUUAUUUUUACAAAUCAUCCUACAAAAUGUGUAAUUUAUUCACAAUAUCAUAAACCAAAUCAUAAUAAAUUGUUAUACUGAAUAAUAUAAACGACAUAAACAACAGUUUAUUUAAUCAAACAUUUUUUUAUAGAAACCUAUUUAUUUUAAUAUGCACGAUAUAAGAACUUCUUAUCGUUUAUAAAAUAUAUACUGUGCAUAUAUUAUUAUAAUUUAAUAUUGUAAUAAUUAUACUUAGAAGUAGAAUAAUAUCUGCGUAUUAUUAUUUUUAUGCGAUCUAAUAAAUUUAUAUACAUGUAAAUUUGAUUAGCUAUAUUUGUUUUUAAUUUCAAACGUAUAUACUAGUACAUACUAGUGCAUAUAAUGAUUUCAAUUGAAAAAUUAAAUUGGUUUUUGUAUACCAGAGGGUUUAUUCUACUAAUUUUUGUUAAAAAGUACCCGCAUACUUGGCAUAUUGUCGAAAAAAAAAACUUUGACUUUGGAGUUAGACUUUAUUCAGCUAUUUUCUAUAGAAGCAUACUAUUGCAAUUUUUUUAAAUUUUUGUAAUACCACUAGUGAUACUAACUGAGAUUAACCAUCUUUAGAGGUUAUGUAAAUAUCAAAGUAGUAAGUAACUAAUAAUUACCUACUUCAAUAUCCGUUUAAAUAUCAAUAUGUAACUUUAAUAUAAUAAAUAAGUAACUGUUUUCAACAGAAAUACCAUUAUAUUUACGUAGCCUAUGUAUGUCAGUCAGAUGAAGUGUUAAUUCGUGCAAAAUUCAUUUAAACAUAUAUUUGGAUGUACGAAAUUCUAUGUCUGUUAGCUUAUAUGUAGUCCAUUGACGAAUAAAGAUUCGUUCUAUCUUAACCGUCUAUUAAAUUAUCGUUAAAUGUCGUCCCAUUCUUCAUCAAUAAUAAAAAAAUUAUUAAUCCUCAACACAUUCAUGUUUAACUAUUUUAUAAAAAUCGAAAAACAUUGAAUUUUACUAUAAGAUUCGUUGCAUUAUCAGCCAAAACAGUUCCUAGCUAUCAUAGAUUAAAAAAAUAAUUAUCAAUAAUAAUAACUUGGAAAGAUAAUCAAAUAAAAAAUAUACAAAAAAGAUUUAUACUUAUGUGAAAUGAAUUUAAAACUUACUUAGCAACCAAGCCAAAUCAAUAAAAAAAAAAAAAGUUGCUAAUACAAUUUCCGAGCUCUAGUUAUUAGUUAUCAAUUUGUAUGUUAAUUAUUACCAAGGAGUGUUAUAAAAUUACAUAUAACCUCAUUGAAAAAGUCAACUAUGUUGAAGACCCUAUGUUAGUUCCAGUAAAAUAUUUCACUAAUACUAUGUAUUAUAAUAAUAUGUCUAAUGUUUAUGGUCUCAACGAAGACUGCCGUAUUAUUCCAAUAUUGUACAACGCGCUCUAGGAACUGUUUUUAUAACAAAAAUAGUCGAUGUUCGUUCCGCUCGAGAUAGCGUAGGUAGUCGGUUUGUAGUUAAUUAUUAAUAUUAUAUUAUUUAUCAUUAUUGGUUCCCCAGAUACUUGUUUUAUCUUUUUGUUCCAAGGAUUUCUCGAGAUUAUUAUAGUACAGGGCAUAGUAUCCUUGUGGAACUAAUGUACGUAAACUCUUUAUAGUAUCCUAAGAUAUUAUUGUAUUAUUUGAGUAAGGUGUAUGUACAACCAUUUGGCUUAUAUAGGUUAGGUUAGCCUCGUUCAUACUUAAAUAAUACCUAGGUAAGUAUUAUUUUUUUUUAUUUUCAUUUGUUAUUGUAAAGUUAUGAAUGAAGUCAUCUUGUUUAGAUUAUCGAAAUUAAUUACCAACUAAAUAAGUACCCCAAGUAAAAUGAUUUCCACACUAGUGGGACUUUCUCUUCAAGUUAUUUCAUGUUGUUGUUAUUCAGUUCAGUUACUAAAUUUACUUAUUGCACACUUGUUGUAAUUACAGAUUGUAAAUAUACUUUUGUUUGAAUAAAAAAAAAAAAACUAAAUAAGAACAUACCUACCUAUCUGGUCAAAUUGAACAUUAAAAAUAAUAAACAUUAUAAUAUAAUGUUUGGAUACAAAUGUACCUAAAUAUGUGUAAGGACAUUUAUUAUAUUUAUAAUAAUAACAAUAAAUUUAUAAUAUAUUUAUAAUACUACAUACCCAUUAGGUGUACCUGCCUAUGUUAAAACACAGACAUAACUCUAAGACCAUUGUAGGUACCUAUUCAAUAUUUGUUACAGGUAUUGAUUAUUUAUAAGAAAAUUAACUGUUCUAUAUUCUGACAUUAAUAUAUUACAUAUUAUUUAAAUAUAAUAAUAGAUAGGUUAUAGGUAGUAUCAGGUAGGUAUUUGGUAAUCAUAAUUAUGAAUCACAGUUUACAAGUACCUACAUACGUAAUCUUAAAUACAAAAAAAGUCGAAUUAAUUAUUUACAUUUGUUUUUAGAUAUGAUAUAAACUAGACAAACAAUUAUGGACAUUAUUAAAAUAUUUGGUGUGUUAUACAAUUUUAGUAAUCAUAUUAAAUUGAUAUUAUAUUGGUACAUCAUUUUAAAUGUAUUUGUAUAAAAAAAUGUUGAUAAUUAGGUAAUUGAAAAAUUUAUUUCACCAUUUCAGACCUGAAAUUAAUCUAACUCAAAAAUAUUUUUUUCGUUUAUCAAUAUUUAAUAAUGUGUUGCUUCAUAAGACAAAAUAUAAUUUUUUUUUUUACAAAGUCAUUAGUAUGUUCCCAGUACAGGACUUUAGGCGUUUACCGAGUCAAAAUAACAUUAUUAGUAUUAAUUGACGAUUCGUACAUGUUGAUUAUUCUGUUAUCAUGGAGGUAAAAAAUUCAGAUUUUAAAACCAUAUUUUCAACUUAAUUUAAUUUUACAAUUCAAUACAUUUAUUGUCAGAACUAAUUAAAAUUCUUAUGUCAACAUUUUUUAAGUGUUUUAAAGUAAAACUUAAAAGUAAUAACUGAAGAGUUACGUCGUUUAUUAUUUUAUGAUUUUUGUAAACUACAUACUCUGUGAAUAAUAUGACAUGCACUUUUAAUAACAUAAACCAAUUUUAAAUUUUCAAUAUCACUUAAAAGAAUUUCCUUCUAAAGGGACAUCAGGUCUGUUAGGGUUAAAUUAAAUUAACAUAAAGGUACCUAAUAAAAUACUAACAUUUCUUAUCUUCAACCAGGUAGGCGGGAGAAGUGUUAACAGUAAAAAUACCUUAUAAAUAUAAUUAUAGUGCAUAUUAUUAUUGUAUCAGUUAGCGAUUACUUAAUUAUAUUUAAUUGUUAUAGCUAUUAUAUUUUGUUAUAUUUUAAUUGCUAUAUAAUUUAAUGUCUAUUCCAUUUUAUUCUUACAGCACCAAAUUAGUGAAUAAGUGUUAAAUACUAUUUUGUUUUUAAAAACUGCAUGCGUAGUAUAGUAUAUUUUUAUUUAUGCCAUUUGUUAGAAAUGCACAUACGUUUUACAAUGUUAAUUUCAAUAUUUUAAACUUCAGUUCUGAUUCCACUUGAAGAGUAGGUAAUAUAUUAGAUAUGUAAGUACAAAGUAAUAUACUAAUAAAUACUAUUUUAUAGAUGUACAAAUAGUAAUAAUUCACCAACAAAUUUAUGUCAUAAAUAGAAAGGUAUGUAUUAUUAAUUAUUUACUUUUUAUUGAAAAUAAAAUGAAAUCGUUUUUUUGUUUUCGUUGAUAAAUUAAUUACAGUUUUAUUGACAACUGUUGCUAGAUCGAUCUAGUGUUUAUCAAUCUAAAAUAUAAAUUCGAUUAGUAAUAGAGAAUUUGUUGGAGAAAUUAAUUAAUUAAAUUAAAUUUAAAUUUAAGUUUAAUUAUUAAACAAUAUUAUUUGAUUUUUAUUAUAAUUUAAAUUUAAAUAUUUAGGUAACUAACAAUAAACAUGUUUAUUAUUGUUAUACGACGACUUUAUGAGUAUGUGUAUUUAUGUCAUAUACUACUUAUUGUAGAAUAAUUUUUCUGAAUAUAAUUUAGAAUAGUAUGAAUAUAGUAUAUAUACCCUGUUAGAUUAUUUAAACUUACACUGUAUUUGCAGUAUUUAAAUUAUUGAUGACUUUUAAAUUAAGUAGAAAAAUACUCGGGCACUUAACUAAUAAUUAUCAAUCAGUAAGAUGAUUUCAUAAAUUAAUUAUAAUUAAGAUAAACUAGUUUAUGUUCGUACUGGUAUAUGCAUUACCAAUAAUAUUAUUUUCCCUGUAAUAUGUGUACCUACUUAAAUGUCGCAAACGUUAAUUCUUUUAGGGAGUAUUGGACACCGAACGAUGAAGACAUUUGCAAAACUAUUGAUAAUCAUAUAUUAUAUUAUUGGCUAUUACGGGGCAUGUAAUAUUAAAAUAGUAGAAUGUGAACAAAUUUUAGCUAUUUCACCGAGAGCGGGUAAGAGCCAUUGGAAUAUUCUAAAAGGGAUUGUUACUGCACUAACCGAACACGGUCAUAAUGUCACUGUCUUUACACCGUUCCUCGAUGGUAACCGAGAAAAUUAUACAGAAAUUGAUAUAUCUAAAGAAAUCAUACCGCUAGUGCAUCUGGAUAUUGGUGUUGUGCGAAAAUUAUUCACCAGAUAUUCGGACUUGAUUGAUUCUGCCAAUCGUUUUAGCCGAGAAAUGUGUAAGAAAAUGUACACAAAUAAUGCCAUCAAGAAUAUUAUCGCUAAUAAUACCUAUACACAUUUUGACGUCAUUAUUGUCGAAUUAACGGCCUCGGAGUGCUUUUCAUAUUUAUCUGCUAAACUGAACAUACCAUUAAUUUACGUUACCGCGCCGCCUUUAAUGACAUACGUGGAACGGUCCGUCGUGGGAUAUUAUCCAAAUCCGGCAGUCGUAUCGCAUACAUUUUCUGACCACAGCGUCCCUAGAACGUUUACUCAAAGAUUUACCAACGCUGCACUGUUUGUUUAUACGACAUGUUUACUUCAAUGCAAAUUUUGGUACACGAGUAUAGUCGAUCGACAGCCAUUUGAUUUAGUGGAACCUGUAAAACCGUCAAUUGUGUUUAGCAACGCUCAUUUUAUUAUGGAUACUCCGAGGCCUCAACUGCAAAAUGUCAUCCCAGUCGGUGGUAUACACCUGAAACCACCGGAAAGAAUACCAGACGUGAGUACACUUUAGAUUCUGAAAGGAGCAAGGAAUGUAUUGGUUUUACAAUGAUGUUUAUUUUUAUUAUCAUUAAUUAUUUUCUGCGAACAAUUUUUCUACCAGAAACUUUGCUCCGAUUUUUAAGUGUAGCACCUCUUUUGAAAAGAAAUUUAAUUAAAGUCAUUUUUGAUUUUUUUUCGGCGGUUUUCAUAAUAAACGAGCAAAACGUAGAAAAAGCGAGACAUUUUACGACACGUAUUAUUUUCAAAUCGUAAAUAUUACUGUACUUUCAAAACAUGUACAACCGAACUCCGCUUAAAAUCACUUUUCGUUAGUAACAAUUAAUCUUCCUCUUUACCAUCCCAACUUCUAACCUACAACAGUGGCCCACCCAUCGUGCGAAGUACGCCCGUUUGUUUGUUCGUGGACGUUCCACGUAUCGAUGAUAUAGAUAUUUACAUUGUCAAAUUAUAAUUACUUUCUAGGAUGUUUUAGAAUUCAUCAGCAAUUCGACACACGGAGUUAUUAUUUUCACUCUCGGUUCCGUUUUAAAAACAUCGUCGUUACCAGAAAACAUUCAAGAUAUUUUAUUUGAAGUAGUUGAACAACUCCCUCAGAGAGUUUUAUUAAAAUAUGAAGAUGACAUCAUGGUAAAUAGGAAGAGAAUACCAGGCAAUUUGAUGAUAAAAAAUUGGUUUCCCCAACGAGAUAUUCUUAGUAAAACCAUCUGAAUAAUAUAAAUUCAUUGUAUUCAUAUAGUAAAAACGAUUUUUUAAUGUUUCUAUUUAUGUAGUGCAUCCCAAUGUAAAAUUAUUUAUUAGCCACGGAGGAAUAUCUGGAAUGUAUGAGGCGGUAGAUGCCGGUGUUCCAGUACUUGGAUUUCCACUGUUCUAUGAUCAAUCGAGAAAUUUAGAACAUUUAGUUGAUGCAGGGAUGGCGGUUUUAUUAAACUUGGAAUCUGUAACUAAAGAUACGUUAUUGAAAACGAUUUUAGAACUGAUUAACAACGAAAAGUGAGUGUUUGUUAAAUGUAAUCCGCUUAUAACAGUUAGCAUUUACCAAUAUUAAUUAUGUUAUUAAUUUAUUCACAACUCUGCAUAAAUUUAAAUUAUGCUUUAACAGUAGUUUUAAAUAGUAUUAUGUUUGUUGUGUUUCAUAGGUACAUGAAAAAUGCCAAAAUUACUUCUGAACUAUUUAGGGAUCGACCAUUGUCGCCGGCUCAAACAGUUGAAUAUUGGACAAGGUAUGCCAUUCGUCAUAAAGGUGAACCACAUUUAAAAUCGAGCGCAUUUAACCUGACAUGGUAUCAAUAUUUUUUACUGGACGUGUUUAUUGUAAUAUCAUUAAUCUUUUCAUUAAUUAUAUAUAUCACAUAUUUGGUAUUAUAUUAUGGAGUUUAUAAAUUGUGUGUUUCAAUGUUAUCAUAUAUUAAAUUAAAAUUAAAAUCUGAAUAA